UGGACGCUCCCCUCUCUGUUGCAGGCGGUGGCGCCAGUCGUGUGUCCCGUCUGUGGCAAGAGCGUGAGUGGCAUUAAUGGCAAGCAAAAACUCAGGUACCAUAUGCUGACCCACACUGGUGAGAGACUUUUCCAAUGUCCACACUGCCCUCACCGUGCUAGCCUCAAGUUCAACCUCAAUCGCCACAUUCGAACGGUGCACAGAGACUUGCAGAGUUCUCAGGCGAUGCAGCUGGAGAACUGGAAUGCAAGGAAUAUCCAGACGUCCAAUACAGAGACUUGGAAUCAUUGAUUAUUUAAAACACAAGUGUCAGUUCUCAUAGCAGAAUAACUGGAGUAAAAGAGAGAAGGCCACAUUAUAUGUCUCGAGUUAAAACCCAAAUGUCGCGCACCAACAGCCAUGCAUGAGCAAGAUGUGAAGAUGUAAAUUGGCCUGAACCUUUUCUGACUGAGUAGUGUGGUGAGAUGGGGAUAAUAAUAUUUUUCUCCCAUUUUCUUUUGACUCAGUCUGAUAAGCAGAUGGGUUCCAUCCUUUGCAGACCUUAGUGGUAGAGGGCUUCAGAUGGUGUCAUUCUUUACAGGGCGGGGGUCGCAGCGGGAAGCUUGGUGGGGGUGAGGCCGAGGCGCUGGCCUGCUCUGUGUGUGGCAAGCUCAUCACAGGUCGCAACCGUCGACAGCGUCUCCAGUACCACCUGUCGACUCAUUCAGGAGAGCGCCCCCACCACUGCCCUUUCUGCCCCUACCGUGCACAUCACAAGUUUACUUUGGAUCGGCAUGUUCGCACAGUCCAUAGAGAUCACUUCGUCCUUAGAGAUGCCCCUCCCACACAUGGUGUAGCACAGACGCUGCCAUCCUCCACCGUUUCUGAGGGAGCCCCUCCUUCCAUGGGCCCCUCCAUCACUAUGUCUGGGUUGGCCCGGCUGAUGGAGGACACCCAAGGGGUUGCAGAUCACACUUGAUAAAAGAUUUAUGAGUGGCCAUUAGUGUUUGGUAGUUCUCUGGGGAUUGUGGCAAGUGUUCCUGUAAAUAAUAGUAAUAAAAAAAAAAAAAAGGAUAAAAAAAAGACCUUUGAGAUUCUUUGUGGAAGUGCACGUGUUACUCACAUCUUUUGUGUUAGAGCGCUGUGUGGACAUGCUGGAAUGGCUAGUGUCUCCGUUCCAGGGAUCGUUGGCAGCGAUGGGUGUGACCUCUGAAGAGCGACUCCUGGUGUGUGAGGUGUGUGGGAAGGAGUUCAGGGGCAGAAACCUGCGUCAGCGGCGCGAGAGCCACCUCCUUACGCACACUGGCCAGCGACCCCAUGUCUGCCCACACUGCCCACAUCGCACUGCCCUCAGGUCCAAUCUCAUCAAGCACAUCAGAGCCAUACAUCGAGUCCCACCACCUCACACAACUACACAAUAGGUGUCAUGGCAGAGCUGGCUGUACCAUAGUUGAAGUAAUUGAUAUUUGCUGUAAUCUCCAGACCAUGACAAAGUUAGAUCAUUAAAUAAGUAUUAAAGGAAUUGAAUUGCUGUAAUGAAAUUUUCAUUUGUCUUUCACUGUUUGGAGCCUAUUGAUUCACCAAGCAUUUCCUCCACCCUCUCUCCCACUCUAACCUACUCCCCCACUUCCUUUCUCCCCCACUCCCCCUUCUCCCCCUAAUCAUCACCCUUGAUUAAGAUUCUCUAUCAGUGCUUUCCUCUGUUGUUAUAACUUACCAUGAACACUUGGAAUGUUAUAGCCUACUAGAAGAAACAACACUAAAGAUUUAUUCAGACUGGGAGUUUCACAAUGAAGUUUCUUUUACUAGAUCAAAGUCUAACAGUCUAUGAAUUUAUGUGUUUUUGGUUUUCAAUAUAUUUUCUUUUUUAUAUAGAGUUGUUAUGAGUUUCUCAUGAACUAUCAGAAGAAUGUUUUUUAUUUGUUAAGAAGUGCAUCAUUGGUAACUGAAGUAAAGAAAAUAUUUAUAUAAAUAUAUAUAUACACAGAAAGCAUAGCUUCAUGUCUCUUAUUGGUAGGUACAUCUAAUACGAGGAAAUUUGUUUGCUAGUAUUCUGUGAAUGAGUAUGUCUUGCUUGUUAAGAACACACAAUGUAACUUAUUGCAUGCUGAGCGGAUUUAGGGAAUAUGCUGCUG